AUGACAGAUAUUAUCGUCGGCGUGGUGGCUCUUGCCGUGGUUCUCCUCUUCUUCCUCUACCAAAAUCUAAAAACCAAACGGUACAAGCUGCCUCCUGGACCAACGGCGCUUCCGGUGAUCGGAAACCUCCACCAGCUUCAGAAACUUAACCCACAACGCUUCUUCUAUGGAUGGGCCCGAAAAUAUGGACCAAUCUUAUCAUACAAGAUAGGUAGCAGAACAAUGGUGGUGAUAUCUUCGGCUGAGCUAACCAAAGAGCUUCUCAAGAUGCAAGAUGUCAACUUCACCGACCGGCCUCAGCACCGGAGCCACGAGGUCAUAUCCUAUGGCCGGCGUGACAUGGUAUUGAGCCACUACACACCUUAUUACCGGGAGAUAAGGAAGAUGGCCAUGAACCACUUGUUCUCACCCACGCGUGUCGCCACCUUUAAGCACGUGCGGGAGGAGGAGGUUACGAGAAUGAUGGUUAAGAUCAACAAGGCCGCGGAGAAGUCAGAGGCAGUGGAUGUAAGCGAGCUUAUGAUGACCUUAGGGAACUCGGUUGUGUGUAGGCAAGCGUUCGGGAAGAAGUACAAUGAAGAUGGGGAGGAGAUGAAGAGGUUCAUCAAGAUUGUUUAUGGGAUUCAAAACGUUUUGGGCAAGAUUUAUUUCUCUGAUAUUUUCCCCUUUACUGGCUACGUUCUCGAUGAUUUAACAGGCCUCACGGCUUAUAUGAAUGAGUGUUUUGAAAGACAAGACACUUAUCUACAAGAGAUUAUCGAUGAGACGCUUGAUCCCAACAGGGUCAAGCCCGAAACGGAGAGCAUGAUCGAUCUUUUGAUGGAUAUUUACAAAGAUCAACCUUUAGCCUCCGAUUUUACUAUAGAAAAUGUCAAAGCCGUAAUUUUGGAUAUCAUAACAGGGGGAACGGAGACGGCAGCUGCGGGGGUUGUGUGGGGGAUGACGUACUUAAUGAAGUAUCCUAAAGUGAUGAAGAAAGCUCAAGCAGAAGUGAGAGAAUAUAUGAGAGAGAGAGGGUUAACGUUCGUCACCGAAGACGAUAUCAAGAACCUUCCUUACUUCAGAGCAUUGGUUAAAGAAACCCUAAGGAUCGAACCGGUGAUUCCUCUUCUUAUCCCUCGUUCUUGCAUUCAAGAUACCAAGAUCGCCGGCUACGACAUUCCGGCGGGGACCACGGUCAACGUCAACGUGUGGGCCGUGUCACGUGACGAGAAGGAGUGGGGACACGACGCAGACGAGUUCAGGCCCGAGAGGUUUCUUGAGAAGGACGUUGACUUCAAAGGCACGGAUUAUGAGUUUAUACCGUUCGGGUCAGGCAGAAGAAUGUGCCCGGGAAUGCGUCUUGGUGCGGCGAUGCUCGAGGUUCCUUACGCGAAUCUUUUGCUCAACUUCGACUUCAAACUUGCAAAUGGAAUGAAAUCAGAAGACAUCAAUAUGGAUGUUAUGACUGGUUUUGCUAUGCACAAGUCGCAGCAUCACAUGCUUGUUCCCCAGAAAGUGUGGAAGUGA